AUGGCGUCCUCAUCUGAGCUUCCACCCAACGUUCACGUCUCCUCCCACCCCUGCCUUCAGGCGAAGCUCUCGCAACUACGAUCCAAGUCAACACCAGCCAAGGAUGUCAAGACCAUCGUCAAUGACAUUGCCCUGAUCCUCGGCUGCGAAGCCCUCGCAGCUCAACAUCACCAGCCAAAAGCCCCCGAGACCAUCCUCCCCGACCCGGUGCCCGUUCACCACCUCGGCCUCUACCGCGAGCCCUCCACUCUCGAGCCCGUAGAGUACUACAACAACCUGCCCCACCACAUCCCCGACCCGACCCUCACCGCCGCCUCCACCUCGGCCGCCGCCUUUGCGUCUGUCUCCACCGCCGCCUCCACCCUCGAGGCCGAGGCCAGCGGCGGCGCCGCCAACGCCUCGAGCCUCGCCAUCAUCCUCGACCCCGUCAUCGCCACCGGCGGCACCUGCGCCGCCGCCAUCAACACGCUGCGCGACUGGGGGGCGCGCCGCAUCAUCGUCCUCUCCGUCAUUGGCGCUGCCGACGGCGUCAGGCGCGCCGCGAGUGAGUGGCCCGAGGCCACGGACAUUUGGGUCGCGGGCGUCGAUGCCGAGAUUACGGCCGAGGGCAUGUUGAAGCCUGGUCUGGGUGACGUGGGCGACAGGCUUUUCUUGACCAUUGGAAAAUAA